ACACACGAUGGUCAUAUUCCAGCCCCAUCUUCUCCAGCUGCACGGCAAUUCUGUUCCUGAUCAUCCUCACCUCCUCCGAGUCCUCUGCAAAUUUGGUCCUCACAAGCGUCAAGUCCACCCAAAAUUGCUCCAAUCUUGCUCUAUCGUUCUGCGCAUUGGCCCCUGACCGUUCAAAAUGCCCACCAUACAUAAUCGCCUCCUGCAUCUCGAUCUCCUCCUUUGACAGGUCCCUCAGCCCGACGGUCGUGUUGUUCUCCAUCUGCCACUGACUCAGCUCAUUGACGAUUUGUUGAUCGGAAUAGCUGAGCUGUCGAGGCAGAGGCCAGGGGAGAACUCUCAUCUUCAUGCGGUCUCGACGACGGCGAUGGUUCAGUGUGCCUUUGCUAGGCCGAGCCUUGCCAUGCCCAGGGCUGAGGAGCAUUCGAUCGAUGAAAUCUUGAUGUCAGAUAUCUGGAUCCAAGCGGCAAAUGGCUUCUAUUUCCCAGCCUUCAAUCUCGGUGCUGACUCGCUGAGGCAUGAUAUUGGAGAACUUCAACGGCCGAUCGAAUGCAUUCAGAAGCACCCGACCAUAGUUGUCCAGCUGGGGACGGAAUUCUUGAGGAGCCUUCUUGCGGCGGUUGUUGAUGGGUGUAUACGCCCAUUCUCCAAGUGGAUACAACAUGAAGAGUAUCUCUGGACGACCAAUGUGUCUGCCGGCCUGCCAAUGGCGGGAUGGCGCUCGGCGAAUUGUGACAUUCUCACCAGCUUGAAGCCAACUCGCAUUGACAGCAUAGAGAAAGUGUGUCUCAUCAAUUCUAAGGUAUUUCUCACCAUUGACGCUCAAGACGUCAACCGUGGACCGAAGACGCGUGUAUGCGUCGGCUUGCUUGAUCCUAAUGACUGACGGCAACACUGGGAUGGGGCUAUUUCGAGGAAUCAUUGCCAAAUUGUCAUUUUGCUCGGGCGCGCGGACGAGAGGGCUGUCACCUUCGGGAAAACCUGCGGCGGGAGGAACACCUUGUUUGAC